GGAAGCGGCGGCUGUGGCGGCUGUGGCGGCGGGGCGGAGAGGCGGUGGUGUGAUCCCUGGGGCUUGUGAACCCAGUGAUGGAUCGGGACCCGACAGUGGCGCGGCGGAGGGCGUCGCUGCUGCGGUGGCUGCUGCUGGUACUGCCACUGUGGUCGAGGCUGGCCCUGGGCGCGCUUCCUUUCGGCAGCAGUUCGCGCAGGGUCUUGUUCGACCUCCUGUCGGAGCAGCAGUUGCUGGAGGUGGAAGACUUGACCGUAUCCCUGCUACAGGGCGGAGGUCUGGGGCCACUGACGCUACCCCCGGACCUGCCGAAUCUGGAUCCCGAGUGCCAGGAGCUGCUCCUGGACUUCGCCAACAGCAGCGCAGAGCUGACCGGGUGUCUAGUGCGCAGCGCCCGGCCCGUGCGCCUCUGCCAGACCUGCUACCUGCUCUUCCAACAGGUCGUCAGCAAGAUGGACAACAUCAGCCGAGCCGUGGGGAAUACUUCAGAGAGUCAGAAUUGUGUCAGAAGUCUUUUAAGGGCAGAUAGAAUGCAAAUAGUUGUGAUUCUCUCUGAGUUUUUUAAUACCACGUGGAAGGAGGCAAAUUGUGCAGAUUGUUUAACAGACAACAGUGAAGGAUUAUCAAACAGCACAAUAUAUUUCCUCAAUCUAUUUAACCUCACCUUAACCUGCUUUGAGCAUAACCUUCAGGAGAGUGCACACGGUCUUCUACCACCAAAAAAUUAUUCAGAAGUUUGCAAGAACUGUCGUGAAGCAUACAAAACUCUGAGUAGUUUCUACAGUGAAAUGCAAAAAAUUAAUGAGCUUGAUAAUAAGGCUGAACCUGGAAAGCAUUUAUGCAUUGAUGUGGAAGAUGCAAUGAACAUUACUCGAAAACUUUGGAGUCGAACUUUCAACUGCUCAGUUCCUUGCAGUGACACAGUGCCUGUUAUUGCUGUUUCUGUGUUCAUCCUCUUUCUACCUGUUGUCUUCUACCUUAGUAGCUUUCUUCACUCGGAGCAAAAGAAACGCAAACUCAUUCUGCCCAAACGUCUUAAGUCCAGUACCAGUAGUGCAAACAUUCAAGAAAAUGCAAACUGAAGCCAACAAGAUGAAGGCUUGACAUCUUAUCACAUGGAUGACUCUUACCACAAAGAUGAGUGGUGGAAGAUAUAAUUUGAUUCAAAAGAAGAUAAGCUGUGAUCUGACAAGUCAAGUUCUUAAGAAAUGCAAGGACUUUAGAUUUAUUUUUAAAUUUUAAAGAAUUUUCAAUUUUCCUUUUCCUUUUCAUCCCUUUUUAAAAUUGGAUAUUUUUAAUUUUCAAGCAUAGCAGUGUUGUCUAUUUUAAAGUAUAUUUGUUACAAUAACAAAAGAUGCAAGAACAAUCUUUGUUAGGCAUGUUAUUACUAUUUGAGACUUGUAGUAUCUCCUUAUAAACAUAAGUACCUCAAGUAGAAAAGUUUUUGAAGACAAACAUUUAAAAUUAAUCACAGCAAAACUUUGAAAAAAAGUAUACUUGCCAAAAGAUAGCAAGUGCAGAGAUUAAAUUAUUCUCCAUUGCAGUAUUAUUAUUAUUAUUAUUAUUUUGAGACAGGAUCUCAUUAUGUUUCCCAGGCUGGCCUUGAACUCGAGAUCCUCCUGCCUCAGUUUCCCCAGUAAUUGAGAUUAUAGGUGUGCACCACUGUGCAUGCCCCCCCACCAUUGUGGUAUUAUUGUUAUAGAUAUAUUUAAUAUGUCCUGUAUGACAAUAAUACAUAAUUCAAACCCUGUUUCCCCUAAAGUCAUUUUUGAAACCACUAAUUAUAACCCUUCCUUACAAUUUUUAAAAGUGGUAAACCACAUAACAUUUAUCUUUGUAAAAAGAUUUAUGGUAACUGGUUUCUUACUUGACUUUUAUAAAUAGUAUUUACAUCUUAUUUUUGCCUUUAUUUCAUAAGUAAUUUGAAUUCACUGGACUGCUUUAUUAUAUUCAGGGCAAGAUGGAUUCUUUUUAUACCAGGGAUUUGCAUUAUGAAUUACAUUAAGUUAUUUGGCAAUUUAUAAUUUAUUACAACUUUAAAUCAAAUGUAGCAUUAUCACAUUGUAUUUAAAUUGUAAGUUUUUUAAAUAUAAAUUUUCUCUUGUGAUAUAGGGGAAUUUUUGGAGGGAAGAGAAAGGAGGAGUACCAAACUUCAGGCUGAGAAAACAGACCUGAGGAGAUGCUCAUUAUAAGACUGUCGAAUGGUACAUACUGGAGGCCUGAAUCAGAUGAGAGUCUCCCACAGGAAGGAGUUAGAUUAAGAUGAUGUCUAUUUGUUUUCUAAAGUGUGUAAAUCAGAUAAAAGUGAUAUGACUAAAAUGAAGUCACACAUUUCACUCUCAGAAAAUGAAUUCUAUUUUGGAAUAUUUGUAUCAGCCUUUAAAAUAAUACUUUAUUUCAGAAUUGUUCAUGAUUUUAUUUCUCAAGAUUUUGGAACUGAGGAUUUCAUUUAUUAAUUCUUUCUUGCUUUCUUUAUGGAAAUAGGCUUUGUUUUAAAUGUUGAGAAUAUGAAGUCUCCUAUGUAUAGAAACCAGAGUUUAGUUAAAUAGUAAGAGAGUUUGAACUCUUCAUACACUCAAAAAUGCUCCAUAGAGAGACACGAGAGUGUUUUGAUAGUUUAAAAAAAAUAUUUAACACAUAUGCAGAGUGAAAGAAGGCUAAUCCUGGGAUGUCUGACAUAUCCAAAAGCUGUUACUGCUUUUUUGGUCUGCUAUAAUCUAUUUAAAAUAUGCUACAGUUUGUUCUGCUGUCACUAUUCCUGUUGCUGGUACAAAUAACACUGUCUUGAUUUGAAGCAUGUGUUUGAGGGCCAUUGAAAGCAGUCUUCAUUAAUGCAGAUGAAACCUGUUUACAUGUGCAAAGUUAGAAAAAUGACAUAUUUGAGUCUGUAAGUAGUGACUUUGUGAGCACCUUUCAAUAUUAUGUGUUUGUAAAAACCAUUGCUUUUGGAUAUAAAGCUAAUAAGCACUUUAAAAAAGAAAAGACAGCAUUUAAUAUUUUUCUGGUGAGGUCAUUGCUCUUUAGAAGUUGUAUCAGCAGUAGUAGAUUUUAAAAAAUAAGUAUUAAGUGCUACCCUAGAGUAAGUAUUUCAUUUUAUAGUGAUGGAAAAUUCUUUCCAUAGUUAUGAAUUGAGACACAUAGCUUAUGUGUAUGCACAAGAACAUCUUUAAGUUUUUGACACUUUAAAAUAAAGUAACUUAAGGAAAUCA